AUGGCAAGCCAUCAGCCCUUCGAAGCCUUGGCCCUCGUUGACUGGAGCCACGUUCUCCAGCAUGACCUUGAGCUGUUCAUGAAUCAAGUAUUUGACCAAGCUCAAAUUGUUAUCGAUUCGAUACCUUUUACCGCUACUGCGACCAAGCCCGCUUCUUCUGGUCGCGCUCGAGCAAAAACCGACUCCGCCGUUGUAUAUUCCCAAGGCCAGGAAUCUCGGCCAGCUCAGAAGUCUCCAGCCGCUCCCGGCUUGUCUGCCCGGCUGCAAAAGGAAUGGAAAGAGGUCAAGACGAAUCCCAAGGAUAACCCGUUCGGAAUCAGUGUGUAUAAGCUUCCAGGAAAGGAUGGAAAAGGUGCGUGGUUUGCCAGGCGAAGCGUUCACGAGUGUCUGUCAUUUGAUGAGUGGAAAGCUGGCUUGAAAAGAGAGCUUGCCGAGUCCUUGAAAGUGCAGGGCUCGCCUGGGAGCGGGAACAUUCGAGGAAUUGGUGCGGAGAGGAAUGUCGAGCAUCGCAUUGUUCAAAGCGCAGGGAGUCUUGAUGUCUUCCAACUUUCUGCUCAGUUCCCUGGGCCUACGGCACCUCGAGACUUCAUCACCUUACUUCUCACAUCUGAUGUUCCCCGCUUGAACCCGGAUCAACAAUCGCAAGCCCUUCGACAGUACAUGAUUGUAUCGAAACCAUGCCUUCACCCCGACUGUCCUCCACGCCCAGGCAUCAUUCGAGGCCAGUAUGAGUCGGUUGAGAUGAUUCGACAAGUCCCUGCCGAAACCGACGUAACCAUCAACAAGCGAUCUCUCUCUUCGGCUGAUUUGACUUUGGACGAAGCCAGGCGGUCUUCUACAGUACAUCUUGCAGAGCAUAACUCGAGGGUACCCAUGGUUAUCGAGUGGCUCAUGGUAACGAGAAGCGACCCAGGCGGCAGUGUGCCGCGAUUCCUCAUAGAAAAAGGAACACCGCCAGGAAUUGUUGGAGACGCUGGCAAAUUCUUGAAUUGGGUUUCGACCACGGCUUUUGAGGACGGUUCUGCUCGCCCUGCACAGGACGAGAAGAAUGUCAACGGCAACAGCGCUGCCAAUGGCGGGACCUCGACGGCCAAACUGCCACCUGACGAGGCAGUCUUGGAUGAAGAAAACCACAAGGAUUCGCAAAGAGACGCGCAAGACCUCGAUGCCACAUAUAACGACUGGAUACCAAGCAGUACGGGAUUGUACGGCAUCAUUCACGGGGCCUAUGGCGUAGCUGGGUCUAUUGCCAGCGGGCUAAGGUCGCAGUUGAGCAACCCAUUGAGCUUUGCCGGCAGCCAAAGUAGCUUGGCUGAUGGCCAGCGUGUUCAGAGACAGGAAGAAGAAGAAGAAGAAGAAGAAGAAGAAGAAGAAGAGGAAGAAGAAGCAGAUGGCAGUGAAGACGAAGAAGCACAAAGCGACACAUCCUCUCUCCGUAGCUUUAGAUCAGCUUUGGAAAAGUCAUUGACUGGAGACAAAGCAACCACCAGUAGCGUGGCCGGAAGCCAGUCGGAAGGGUCAAAGUCACAGCGCCUGCAGCCCCUGGAAAAGGACCUGCAAAAGCUGCUCGACCGUCGGAAAAAACUAGAGCAAAGAUACACCGAGUUCCAACAACGAAUGCAACCGAAGCGUCAAGGCGAGAAGGACAAGGAUGUCGCCUCGCAAGCCAAACUCCGAGAAAAGCAUGACAAGGAGAUUGCCAAGCAGGAGGCCAAAUUUAAGAGAGAAAUGCGCAAAUUGGAGGAGAAGCGCGAACAAGAAGAAAGAAAGGCCGCGGCGAGAAGGAAGAAGACAUUGGAAAGCCGAGAAAAGGCGCGCCUGACGCUGGAGCUGGAAAAGAUUAGGACCGAGAGGGAUGUGGCAGCCAAGGAGAUUGAGCUGCUUCGCGCCCAGGUUGGGGAGUUGCAGGCGCAGAAUACCAUGCUUGCGGCUAAGCUGGGCCGCCUCGGUGGUUUGAACAGAGAGGAUGUGACUUGUUCCAAAGCAGCCUCUGUCCGGUCCAAGUAG